UACUGUCAAAUUGCCUACCGUUUUGACUUGUCAUCAGUUUGGUUUUGUUGAGAGUUGAGAUUUGUGAUUUUUAAAUCAAGUGAAAAUGCCGAUAGAAAACUUGGAAGACCAGGGACUUGAAAAAAACCCAGACCUAGAGCUGACUCACUAUAAAUUUCUUCUGUCUUUGCCAGAGUACAGAAAUGAUAGAGCUGUGCACUCAAAAAUUACAGAAGCAAUAAAGAAAGAUGAUAUGGCCCCUUGGUACGAACUCAUAUGCAAGGACGCGGGCUGGAAACUUGACCCUGCUAUGCUGAAGACCCUUAAAACCAAGAACGACGAACAAAUAAAGUUGUUAGAUGAAGCCAUCGAAGACGCUGAGAAAAACUUGGGCGAAAUGGAGGUCCGAGAGGCCUAUUUGAGAAAGGCAGAGUAUUACAGCCGUAUAGGAGACAAAGAGAACGCCGUCAGUACCUUCAGACAGACUUACGACAAGACAGUUUCGUUGGGUCACCGGCUCGAUAUUAUCUUCCAUUUAAUUAGGAUAGGGUUGUUUUUUAUGGAUCACGAUCUCAUCACGAGGAAUAUCGAAAAAGCAAAGAGUUUAAUCGAGGAGGGAGGGGAUUGGGAUAGACGAAAUCGUCUGAAGGUGUACCAAGGCGCUUAUUGUAUGGCCGUCAGAGAUUUUAAAACGGCUGCAAACCUAUUUUUGGAUACCGUCAGUACCUUUACUUCGUAUGAGCUGAUGGACUACAAGGCUUUUGUCCGUUAUACUGUGUACACUUCUAUCAUUAGUCUGCCUAGGAAUCAGCUACGGGAUAAGGUUGUGAAGGGUUCGGAAAUUUUAGAAGUACUCCACUCGGAACCUUUCGUUAAGGACUAUCUUUUCUCGCUUUACAAGUGCCAUUACGCCGAGUUCUUUUCUAAUUUAGCCGAAGUUGAGAGUAUUUUGAGGAAAGACUACUUCCUGAACCCGCACUAUCGUUAUUACGUGCGAGAAAUGAAGAUCUUAGCUUACACGCAGCUGCUAGAAUCGUACAGGUCCCUAACGUUGCAGUAUAUGGCAGAGGCGUUUGGCGUAACGAUGGACUACAUCGACGAGGAAUUGUCGACGUUUAUAGCGACGGGUCGUCUGCAUUGUAAAAUCGACAGGGUUGGAGGGAUCGUGGAGACCAACAGGCCCGAUUUGAAAAACGCGCAGUUUAAUUCGGUGGUGAAGCAAGGAGAUUUGUUGCUGACGCGUGUCCAGAAGCUGUCUCGAGUUAUAAAUAUUUAAUUAAUGUAGUGUGAAAGUUUGCUCGGAUUCUUACUAUUUCUUUUUGUAUUAGGAAACUUAAUAAUGUUUAAUAAAUAAGCUUGCGAUUUGUC